AUGGAGUUGGAACCACCUAAAGAAGACUGUGCUCCAACCCAGCAAACACCCACACCUCCCUCUCAGUCAAAGAGACCAAGUCAGGCUUUAUACGUCCCCAAACAACGACUUAAUGCCUCCAAAGACAAACCUCAGACUCAGGGAGAAGUUAAGCCGAGACCCAGGCCUCGUUACACCGACAAGGCACGAAAGAAUGCCAAGAACAAGAAGCACAAGGCUGGAGGGGAAGAUAAGACAGUUAAUGGACAGCCUGAGUCGACCAGUGUGGAUGCAGAUGUUACCUCACGGCUGGAAGAAGCGUCCCCUCAGGAGGAAAAAGGGGAAGAGGAGAGCUGGGACACGUUGUUCAACGAUGAUGGAGAUUGUUUGGAUCCACACUUGUUUGAAGAGCUGGCUGUGAGGGAAGGUAGAAAGAAGGAGUCAAUCCAGGAAUCCAGGUUUGAUUACUACAACAUGGACCGAGGUGAUGAUGAUGAAGACGACAUCGACCUCAGCGAGGAUGAACUUUCUCACAUCAUAGAGAUCUACGACUUCCCCACAGAAUUUAAGACAGAAGACCUUCUCAAGUUAUUCCAGUGUUACCAACAGAGAGGCUUUGACAUUAAGUGGAUCGAUGACAGUCAUGCCCUGGGCCUCUUCUCAAGCCCUAUAGCAGCCCGAGAAGCUCUCAGAUCCAAAAAUCCACUGAUGAAGGUGCGACCACUCUCCAAAUCCUCCUCUGCUACAAAAGCCAAAGCCCGCAGCUGCUCAGACUACCUCCUGCCUGCUAAAGAGAGACCUCAGACGAGUGCGGCACUGGCUCGCAAGCUUGUGAUCGGUGCCCUCGGUGUAAAGAGCAACCUGACGAAGGAGCAGCGGGAGGCAGAGAGGAGGAAACUCCAGGAAGCGAGAGAACAAAAGCGCUUGGCAGCCAAACAGAGGGAAGAUGCUUGGGAGGGGAAGUGACUGGACAAAAAACAACCCCCCCGACUGUUUUUUCUUCUUCUUUUUUUUAGAUUCCUUGAUUCAGCAGAGGCUAAAGACUACUCUGUUUCUUCUGUUGUUUUUCUCAACUAGCCACACCACCUUACCACCGUACUUCCCAGAAAUGGAUUCCCACCAAUUUUCCUUUCUUCCUGCCACUGUCUGUUACCCUUCAGUGUUACCUCAGAUGAGAGCAUCCUACUACCCUCUCCUUUAUCUUCUUACUGUCUUCGUUCAGGGACUCUUCUCUCAUCUCUCUCACCUUGCUUUCAUAUCUGUAACACUGUAACAAAGGUCUGUACUGGAGCACUGAGUCUAAUCAUUUGUAAUUUGUAAUUCGCUGAAAGGAUUAUUUUCUGUGUAAGCCUCAUUUUUGUCAUUAUAUGGAUUUUUAAAAAUGUUUUUAAAAUGACCCAAAUAAAUCCACCUGUAAAUCUAAGGGCAGGAGGUUUUCUGUUAAAGAUCAUUGUUGUAUAUGAAGACAUUGUUGAAAUUUGAUUCUGUUUUAAUGGGUUGAAUUAAAUGUUGUGUCGUUGUUUACAGUUUAAGGCUUUUAUUAAAGUUUUACCUUAUUUUUAAACCUUCA